AUGUCGGACCCCAUGUCGGCCCUCAUGUCGGUUGUUUGCCGCAAGCGAUCCUCCUCGGGCAACGAGGACGUUCCUUCCGAUGAUAGCUCGAACAAACGUGCGAGGUCGAGCUCUCGCACCCGUGACGCCAGAAACAACCACUUUGACGGCGUGGAUCCUUUCAAGAUGCAUACAGUCAAACAGCAGAUCGAGGAGGUCGCUCAGAAGAUCGGGAAGAGUCGUCGUGCCAGCAGUGGACAAACCUCACAGGCUACCAUGAGCUUCAGCGCCCCAUCCUCCCAAACUUCUCCCAAGCUCAACACCUCCGGCCAUGUCGGCACCACCUCCGACCAGGUCGACUUCGGCUUUGGCGCCGACACCAGCGGUGACGUCUUCAAGUUCAGUCGCCCCCUCUACAAAGACUUGUCUGAGUUGACCCUUACUCCCCCGGAAACCGGCUGCGCUUCUCCGUCCGCAGAGCAGCCCAAGAAGUACCGGAACAAGACUCACAAGCGCGCUGAGACUGCGCGCCGUAAGAAGCUCAGAGACCAGGCCGAGAGGGAGGCCAGGCAAGCUGAGGCGGCCAAAGAGUUCGAGAGGCUUAAGCAAGCCAAGCGCGCCGAGAAAGAAGCUAGGAUGAUGGAGGCAGACAGAGCCGCCGCUAGGGCCAGGCAUGCCAAGCAGCUCAGGAAGAGGUUGAACGCCAUCAACAACCACAGUAUCCCUAUCCCGCCGUCACAGCCUCUGAAGCUGAUGGAGCUGGAACGCGUGCAGGCCGCACCGAUGGCGCUGGAGGUUGCGCAGGCCGCAGUCAUGGGCCCGGACGUCGAAUCUUGGGGCUCCCACAUGCAGGACCAGUUCUUGGAGGCCACGGACAAGCUCCUUGAGGCCAAGGCUGAGAGUGAGGCAAUGAAAAAGACCAUCGAGUUCCUCAUGACUCAGAUCCACAUUCUGAAGAGGAAGGAGGACAUGCUCACGAUGAUCAACGAUCACGCGCUUAAGGAGAUGCAGUCCAUUCGUACCGGUGCCGCACGCCUCCUUCACAGCGAUCCCAAUCUCACCGAUGAGGAGCGCCGCAUGUUGCAGGACAUGGUGGCCUAG